AUCAAUUGCUGCGACUGCAAUUAUUUUUGGACGUUUGAUUUUGGUUACGAACGAACUUGUUAUUGCCAUGGUUGUCAGCAGAUGAAAAGGAUGGGAGAAGUGCUAACAGAAGCCGGAAACAAACGAUUUCUAGCGAUCACUUUAGAGAGAGAGAGGAAUCGGCCGCUUCCCGCGCUCUCCACCGUUUCAGCGAAGGAAUAUGCCAACCCCCUGCGUGGCCGUUGUGGGACCAACACAAGUAUAUGUGACGGGCGUCAAGGCCCAGAGUCACAGGAGAGUGUGGAGGAGAGAGAGGGACGGGAGGAAGAUGCAGAAGGCAACGAAGGAGGUGAGGAGCGCGACGGUGAGGGACCUCGUGGCGGUGAAGCGGCGGCUGGUGGAGGUCCCCUACACGGCGUCGCUCACGGACACUGUUAACGCCAUGGUGGCCAACGGCGUCGUGGCCGUCCCCGUCGCGGCGCCGCCUGGGCAGUGGAUCGGCGCCGGGGGGUCGAUGAUUAUCGAGCACGACCGAGCCACCGGGGAGGCGCGUAAGCAAUACAUCGGGAUGGUGAGCAUGCUGGACGUCCUCGCCUAUGUCGCUGACCAGCACGACGGGGAGCAUCUCGCCGAUCUGAUGUCCGUCCCGGUGUCGACCGUCAUCGGCCACUGCCUGGAGGGACUCAGCCUCUGGACAUUCAACCCCAAUACCAGCGUUAUGGACUGCAUGGAAGCGUUCAGUAAAGGCAUUCAUAGGGCAUUGGUUCCACUAACUAGUUGCACAGACGAAGUAAUUGGAGUAGAACUGUCAGAGUCAUCAGCUGGUUAUCAGAUGCUAACUCAAAUGGACGUGCUUAGUUUCUUGGACAAUCAUAGAACUGAAAUUGAUGGUAUCAUGUCACUUAGCAUCACGGAAUUGGGGGCCAUCCAGGAAAGUGUGUUUGCUGUACCAGGUCAUAUGAAGGUCAUGGAAGCUGUUAAGUGCAUGAGGAGUGCUUCUUUAAACGCCGUUCCUAUCAUUGAAGCUCCAAAGACUACUUAUACUGCACCCGAUCUAAUAAAUGGUAAAGGGAUGAAACUCAUUGGAACAUUCUCUGCAACUGAUCUCCGGGGAUGCCCUGUCUCACUGCUCCAGUCAUGGUUAUCUUUAUCAGUGAUUGAAUUUACUGCAAAGGUACCAAUGGGUACGAGAGUUGGGUGCGGUGCUGAAACUGUUUCAAGCCCAAAAUGGAGGCCGCUUGUGACCUGCUAUGCUGAGUCUAGCCUCAAGGAAGUUAUAAGCUUGGCAGUUGACCACCAUGUUCAUAGAGUUUGGGUUGUGGAUAAGCUGGGGUUGCUGGUUGGGCUGGUGGCACUCACUGACAUGCUGAGAGUGAUUCGUUCCUUUCUUCUGUCUGCUGAUUCUUAACCAAUCCGAGCUGUUAAGGGAAGCUAUUCAAGGUGUGGCCUCCUUUGUACUCUGCUGGAUCCAAGGGUAGUCUUGAAUGUCUGUUUUUAACGAGAAACCCAUCUUUUAAUGAGUUCUGCGUGGGCACUGGGCACUUGCACA